GGAACAUACUUUGUUGUAUUCAGUUAAUAAUCAAGGGCUGGUUGAAUCGUAGAGUAGCUCUUACUUCCAUGAACAGAGAGGGUUCGCGCUCUCAUGCUGUUUUUACAGUUAAAAUAGAGUCAAAGGAGGAAGUAGGUGGUUUCCAAAAAAGCAAUAUAUCACAGAUAAAUCUAAUUGAUCUGGCAGGAUCAGAGAGACAGAAAGCUACCAACACUGACAGCACUUGGCUCAAAGAGGCUGGAAGCAUCAAUAAGUCCCUCUCUGUCUUAGGGAAUGUCAUCAUGUCUCUGAGCUAUGGAAAAAAAAUGUCACAUCCCUUACAGAAACUCCAAAUUAACAUUUUUGUUGAGGGAUUCAAUUGGUGGAAAAACAAAGACAAGAAUGAUAGCUUGUGUUCAUCCAGACUCCAGGUGUUGUCUAGAAACAUUAUACACUUGAAAGUUUGCCAAAAGUGCCAAACAAAAGAAAAAUAAGGCUGUUGUAAUUAAAGACAUUCACAGCAAUAAUCAAGAACUUCAAAUUGAAAUUAGUC